AUGAAACAAGCUGGUGACAAGAGAAAGCUGCAACUAAAUGAACUUGAGGAAUUGAGGCGUAAUGCAUAUGAGAACGCCAAGCUUUACAAGGAAAGAACCAAGGCGUAUCAUGAUAAGCAACUGGUCAGGAUGGAGUUUCAUGUGGGACAGAAGGUGUUAAUCUAUAAUUCGAGAUUAAGACUCAUCCCUGGUAAGCUUAAGUCUAGAUGGUUUGGUCAUUGUGUUGUCACCAAAGUGUUUCCUCAUGGAGCUUUGGAGGUUCAUAGUCCAGAAGAAAAUCAGACAUUCAAGGUGAAUGGACACAGAGUAAAGCCAUAUCUUGAAUUGAUAUUGGUAUCAAGAGAUGAAGAUUUGGCACUCCAGUCUAUCCAAUAUGCAGCACAAUAG